UAUUCAAAAUGGCGGACGAAGGUGAUCAAAAAGAUGUCCAAGAAGAAAGUUCAAAUAAAGGUGAAUUAACAGCAAAACAAAAGAAGAAUAAGAAAAAGAAAGAAGCUGCCAAAAGAAAGAAACAAGAACAAAGGGAAAAUGAGGCUUCAGAUCCAAUGGAUAAUGCUACAAAUCAAGAGCCAAUGUCACCGCAAGACAAGCUUGAAUCAGAGCUGGCAUGGUGUAUUAAUCAACUGGAGAUUGGCCUAAAAGUACAGAAACCUGAUAAAACAACAAGCAGCCAUACUGAACAACUUAUCAAAAACCUCAAGUCACCAAAAGUACCUCUGCCAAAAAAGAGACAGAUAAUGCGCUCAGUAUUUGGGGAUUACAGGAAAAAGAUUCAGGAUGAUUUGAAAAAAGGACAUUCACUAGUACCAGAAAAAUCAGCAAAGGUUUAUCCAGUGAAAAAACAUCAACAAAAAAGUGUGUUUUURCGUGUUGCCCAAGAUACAAAACAAACAAAUCAUGAAUCAGUAGAUGGAAUGAAGCAGAGUAAUGGAAAUAAUGAGCCAUCAGAGGCUCUCAUUGGACAAGAGUGGAAAUUUGAGCCAUCAGGUGGAGAUUUUAAGUUCAAUUUUGAAUCCAAGGAGAUGUAAUGUUGACACCACAGGUAUUUGGUAACCUCGUCCCAGGGUACCAUGGAUAAUAUCCAUGAGGGUUCUUACUCUCUUUUCUCAAGCACAACAUCAUACGCUAUGUUUAAAAUGGAACUGACAGCUGGCAAAGUGUUGCCUGAGGACAAGAAAAGUAUAUUGGCUUUCGCCUAUGCAAGCUAAUKAUACGACAGAAUCCCUAAAGAAAG